UUUGUUACACAUUAUUAGUCGCCCCCAAUAAUCUGAAAGAUACAGAUUGCCAAUAAGAAUGAAGUUUAUCUCCAUCGUAGGCCUUAUCUUAGCUUUGUCUGGAGUUGAUCCUUUCAUUGAGCCACCGAAGAUAAAAAAUCCGAUCUGUUUUCAAGAACCGGGCAAAAACUCAGAUGGAAAUACCACUUGCUACGACUUUGAGCCACGUUUCAGCUAUUACAACAAUACCAACGAGUGCAAGGGCUUUUUGUACGGCGGUUGUGGUGAGAAUGAUAAUAAUUUCUUCAACUUAAUUGGAUGCGAGGCCGAAUGCAUGUAAUAAACCAUUGCUAAAACUAUAUACACGAAUUCUUCAGCAAUAAAAGGAUAUGCAGUGGAAGUGUAUGGACUUCCUUAUA